UGUGCUGUAAAUGUUCACGGAAUAAUUAAGAAAAAAAUUGCUUUCAGUUAAUAUAUCAUCACUGCUAGUCCUUGUGUCAGAGACAAACCUACGCGUACUGAACGAUAUAUAGUGCUUGACGCAAGACACAAGAGUCUAGAUCCUUCCUAGUUUUGCAUAACGUUGUGUCAUUUGACAUUUAACAGUUUAUUAAUGGUUUAUAACACUGUCACAGGAAGAUGCAAAAUAUUCUGUUAAACCUUCAAAAGAAACAACAAAAAACAAAUGGUGCUUUAUCAGAAAUUACGGAGGACCUUUUUCUGUCAGGAGUUGGUGGAAUAACCUCUGAAAAUUUACAAACCGCGAGUAUCACUCAUGUCGUUAAUAUGGCCACUGAACUCCGUGACUUUGUAUAUCCUCUGCCAGAUUUACAUAUUCACAGACUUAACCUUCGAGACAGCUUGGACGAGGAUAUCUUUUCCGUGUUAGAAGAUUGUGUUCGAUUGGUUGACGAUAUACAGAAAAAUGGUGGGCGGAUCCUUGUGCACUGUGUGGCGGGAAUCAGUAGAUCAGCCACAGUAUGUAUAGCCUACCUCAUCAAGACAAAGCAAAUGUCCCUUAAAGACGCACAUCAGCAUGUUUUUCAAUGUCGGGAAAUUAUAUUCCCAAACAAAGGUUUUUGGAGGGCUCUUAUCAAAUAUGAGGAGAGUGUUCGAGGCGUAAACUCGGUGGAAAUGCGGCCCUAUAUAUCAGGGAUGGAUCCCGACGUCUACUUUUAUUCUUGGAUAAGACCAAGAAUUUUGAAUGGAUGGCGGGACGAACUUUACGCAUUCUGGAGUGUUAACACGGCCUUGCUUAUUUGUCAGAUAUUGGGCCUCUUGAUGUUCGAUAACAUACCAGUUUAAAGCAAUGUACGCCAUUUAGUCCUGUACCAUGAAUGUAUUGAAAUAAGUUGCUUCGAUUCCUUAUAAGACAACAUACUCUAAACUUUUAUGCCUACAUGAUAAAAAAAAAUCAUGUUUGUACACACUUGUAUUUAUCUAUAUUCACAUAAAGAAGUAUAAGAGGCGAACAAACCAAAAUCAUUUUCCUCGAUUUAGAACAAUAAAAAUCAUUGGACGUUUGCAGGAGUAUAUUACUAGUGUAUAGAGUAUAA